AUGGGAUACCACGAUGUCGCUGGACAUGGAAAACAACGAACCAGUCAGGGGAACGAAAUGCAAAUACCGCCUCAAGCAAACGUGUUAGCGGCGGCGAGCCAUGUCCGUCGACUGUUUGAGAGCAAGAAGUUCACUUAUGCUAUCAUGGGUGAGCUUGCGAUGCUUUGCCUGGGAUACAAAUGCGAGAUACGGGACGUGUUCAUUGCGUAUGACGACAAAGAUUACAACCGGAUCAAAAAGAAACUCGAGGCCGAUCGACGUGUACGACUGCCUGAGGGCAUGAAUCCCUUGUUUCCCUCUAAGAUGGUGGUACAAACUGGGCCCAGCUUUCUUGACACAGGAUGUACACGUCCGGCGACAAUAGAAGUAUACCUGGUACCUUCUGGAUCGUAUGAGACCCCAUCAAACGGAACCCUUGCCAAAAACCUCGUCUUGCUGAGCCUCAGGGCUGACGGUGUAUUGAGAACGUUUCAAGGAUUGAACAUGAUAUAUCUUGUCAGAACACUACUUCACUUCUGUCAGAUCCGAGGCUUAGCUUGGGAGCCACGAAAUGGUAUUCACUUCCUGUGCCAGCACUACGGAGACCAACUACAGUCGAUCCGCAGCCAGCUGAACUUAGAUUCCAUUGAACGAAACUUCUUACGAACGGGCGAGAACCUCCAUCAACCACCCUAUUGGCCCCUCCGGCAGCAGAAGGAAAUCACACUCGGUCGCAGUCCGCUUCUGGGCCACCGCGAGCCCAAGGAAUCUCUCGCGCCUCAUUACCGGACUUCUUAUGUCCACCAGAGUCCCAGAAGGUCAAAUCAUCUCAAUCGCGUACGACACACACGACCUCGACGCUCAUGGAGCAUACUGGACUUUCUCCCCAUACAACGGGAGAUUCACGGUCUAGGUACCGAGUAUCCAGUACCCCAAGCAGCAGACAUACUAGUCCCACAGAUCCUCAGCCUGGAUCCAACCCACAAGUUCAGUCACCGAAUGUAG